CUUUGAUUAAUGGGUCUAGUCGGGAACAAAAGCCCGAGAACGAUGGUCAUUCAUUACAUUUGCUAGUGAUUGCUUGCAAUAAGCGUUUGCCUCUAUAUGCUAAAUACAGAAAAGAACAAAUUGGCGUCCAGUUAUCUACAAGGGGCAUUUAAAAUUGUGGAGCAUUAACACCUUGAAGGAAAUGAAUUGCGCCAGCCGGGUAAACUAGCGAAGCACCAGCACUCAAAUUCUGCCUUAUAAUUCGCCUGUUUUCAUCACAUUUUAGAGCAUAAUUACUGACGUUUUAAGCUCAAUAGUGAAUUAUCUACCGGCAAGAAGGAGGUAUUUCUGUGGUUGACUUGUGUUUAUCGACUGGCGAGUAUAUAUACAAGUCGCCUGUGGACAUUAGCAGUUGACGGAAACACCAAAGUGGUUUUAUUUUACAUUCGAAAGGAUUCCAAAUUGCAACAGUUCUCUAGGUUUCAAGCUCCGAUCUACCUGCCUACGUGUUUCACCUUGUGAAUUCCUCUGGAAAACCCAGCACAGUCUGACUCGAGAUAAACGUUCAGGAAAGACGAAAAAACAUCAAUAUUAGUUCGCUUUGCUGUGUAGGUAGUUUGAAACGGGACAUCUGCGUACACUUUUGACUUAUCGGGAAUAUUAUGAACAGCAAAAUGCCGGUUGCAGUACAAUCUUAUGCCGAGAGAUUUGCAGCAAAUUGGAAGGCACAGAACCCUGAAGACGACGAGGACGAGAAAUCAUCGCUUGAUGACAGUUUGACCAAUCUGCAGUGGCUUCACAGCAUCAGUGUUCAGGACAUCGCGCCGGUGACUACUUCAAUUGCUCCUUCACCUAGCCCUUCCUCAAACUCAUGUGAUUCGGACGAUCGAAGCGACACCAGCGACGGAUAUAAAGACGUCAAUUCCAAAGAACCAAACAUUGACUACAAAAAUGAUGCGAAUCACAAGCCCCCGUAUUCCUACGCCACGCUAAUUUGUAUGGCCAUGCGAGAAACCAAUAAGACCAAGAUCACCCUUAGUGCGAUUUAUAAGUGGAUCAAGGAGAACUUCAUGUAUUACAGAGUAGCAGAUCCAACAUGGCAGGUACGAAAUUUUCAACAAUUAUCUUACAGUUUUUAUUUUAUUUUUCGAGAUUUCAGCGCAAACUUUCACCGGCUAAACACCAUCAGCCGACCAUUGUGUUUGAUCUACCUCGUUACGCAUAUUCUCGUUAACGAGGGGCUUUUAAAUUGAUACGAUUAUAAGUUGUAUUAGCACAAAUUUUGAUGGAAGAUUUUUCCCUUUGUGUUAAACAAAUUUGUUCGCAUUUAUUAGCGGCUUGUCUUUGGGUGCUUCGAAUUUUUGAAAACCUGUAUUUUGCUUCGACAGAGCGGGUUGCAAUCGACUCAGACAGCAGGUCAUAGGAUCUUGUGGAGCGGCUUGUGAAUAUGGUUUACAAAUAAAGGCCACUUGGAUAGCUUAUGAAUAUAUUUUAUUUACACUUGCAUGGAAUAAUUUCCUUACCAAAAUAAUUUGAAGCGAAAAACGCUGAUCAGACAUAAGGAGUAUUGUCCACCGAAGUUAAAAAAAAAAGUAAUGGAUUGUUUGCACUAUUGCGGGACAGUUUUCGAAUGUUACAAAGUGUGUUUUUACCGCAGACGAAUUGCUCUAUCGUGGAUAACUUAAGCUUUCGAAGAGGAAAAAGUGGCAGUUAUGCUCGCUGUUUUAUUCGCUUUUCUUAUUUAAAUACAUUUACAAUAAUACCCGCAAAUUCAUAAUCGUGGGCGGAAUUUUUUCGGCUUCGUUCGGUGAAUUAAAGACAAGUCUCAGUUACAUAAUACCAUUACCACCAAUAACGAUGUCCUAUACAUUGGAAAGCGAAUAAUAUUAUUUAUCUCGCAUUCGCUUUCAACUAUUAGAUUUCGGGAACAAAAUCCCCGAUAUUCUUGUUUUCUUGAAAUUUGAAGGUUUCAUGCAAAUGCCUUGUAUGACAUGUAUUUUAAUGUACUUUUCAGAUUUUCACACCGGGGCAAUCCGGGGCUAUUUACUUCACGUCGAGACGAAACAAUAGCAGUUUAUGUAAUUCUUUCACAAAAUAAUCUGACUGCCCCAAUGGUGGUAGAACUCAAGUUUACAGUGAACAAUAUAUUUGAUUGCAAAUAUCCCUCCAUAAAAAAGGAAAUAGAAAGAAAAUAUUAAAUACGACAUCCAGCAAUGAGAAAAAGGAUAUAACUAAAGUACUUUUUAAAACUGUUGCCAAUUUCCUUGCCAUCUGAAACAGUAGUCAUUCUAAAAAUAAACUUUUCAAUUAAUAAUAGAACAGAAUAAUAUUAUGUCUUACAAAAAAGAAUAUUAUUUUCAAACUCUUAAAUUUACUUCAACAUUGUUUUUAUAAACCUAAAACUUUUAAAAUGGUUUCACUGUGUCACUUCACUCUCACUUUUUUUGCAAUAACAUUUCUUGUAGGUAGGAAAGUUUCAGAUAAGUAAAUAUAACUACUACUUAUUAUUAUUAUUAUUAUUAUUAUUAUUUGUUUUCACACUAUAAAAUAUGGUAAAAUAAGGUGACAAGACAUUAAAUAAUGUGAAAAGUUACAAAAUGCAAGCAAACUGUUAAUGGAAAGGAAGUCGGUGAGAAAAUUACAAAACAUAAUUACCUAGGGACUAUCACAGUUAUAUUUCAAUAUUCAAAUGAAUUCUCUUUGACUGUUAAUUACAAAGUUAGAAUAAUUUUAAUGAGACAAAUAAUUUUGAGGCAACACAUUGCUUCCUUUUGAAUUAUUUUCACCAAGAUCAGGGUUAAAAAACUAUAACCAUCAUUGCAAAAUGCUAUAAAGUAAUAAACUGCGAGAAAACUGAAGUUAAUCAUUCUGGGGUGAUAUCUCAGGAAUAAACAGAAAUAGACUAAUACCUCUUGGCUUUACCAGUUAUCAAUUAAUAAACAUUUCUCCAGCCUUGUAUUAUUCACAGCUUUGCUGUAAAUGUGUCUUAAUAUUUUUUUUAGCAUUAUCACACGCAAAAGUUUUCCUGUGUUGAGGUCACAUCACUUAAACUAAAGAAUGAACCAAACUUUCAUCAUUUGUUUUGGAGGUCUAUUAACAAAGACCCGUUACAUUCAAAAGAAAUAGAGAAUGAGCUGUUGUCAUUAAUUUAAUGCCAAUGGUACUAGGAAAACUGAGAUGACUGCCAGUUGCCGAUAAGAGCAUCUCUUUGUUACACAAGACAAUAACACUAUACUGUGAAUUAUAACAUUGAAUCAUUUUUCACUCUACCAUCAUGUGGUAUUUGAGGCAUAAUAAGUACAUGUGCCAUAAUAGCAAUGUUGGUUUAGUCCCUGAUAAAAUGUGACAACCACUGUAAUAGCAAUUUACUCCAAAUUCUCUGCUAAUUUUUUGAUUCUUCACAUUCACUGAAAAAUCAAGACCUCAUUAAAAAAUAAUUAGUAUUGUUGACAAGUGCAUCACUCAUUACUGGCCAUGGUCUUCGGGAGUGGUCAGUUCAGGAAUAUUUCAUCCUUGGAGACCCAGAGGCAGUUAGUCGGGACGAUACUUUAAAGUAUUCCAUUAAAUUUUUAUCUGUUCGGGUAGACAUGAGUCAGACCCUCGGUUAGCAUACAAAGCAAAUUAUGAUUUUUGUUUUAUUUUGCUUCAAAGAGGCUAAUUCAGCUCACAAACUAACUGACCGACCAUUGUGCUGGUUAACUUAGUUUUUAGUUGAGGAGAGUUUGUCUGAGUCAUACUAAAGGAUGUGGAAAAGAUAUAAUAUAUUAUUUUAUUUUUCCCUGACUGAGUGUACACACAAAAUUAGUACUUUUUGGUCCAAUGGUAUCACAACAAUGAGUAAAAAAAAAGAAAUAUUAUAAUGUAAUAAAAAGAAAUGUUUGCCACCAUGCAACAGUAUUAAAAAGGUCUUGCUUGCUGUAACCUUAUUCAUAUUAUUUAUAUCUUUCAGAAUUCAAUUCGCCACAAUUUAUCCUUAAACAAAUGUUUUGUAAAAGUUGCCAGAAACAAAAACGAACCAGGCAAGGGAGGCUUUUGGAAAAUUGAUCCUGCUUAUGCUGAUAUGUUUGUUGAUGGAGUCUUUAAGAGACGAAGGGGUGUUAACACACAGAAGCCUUCUAAGAGAGGCUCUUCUUCAAAACCAAGUAAAAAGGCUUCAAACAAGAGACCAUCAGACAGUGUAAAACAAGAAAAUGAUGAACCAUGGGCAAAAAAGAAAUUUAAACCAGUUAAAAUUAAAAUUGAACCGGAGAGUGAUGAAGAGGAGUUCUACGAAGAGGAGGAAAUUGCACCAUUUUCUGGUGGAAUUAAGGAGGAAUUCAGUUGGAUGACAGUGUUAACAAAUGAUGAAAUUGAUGAAAGCAUUAGAGAAAUAGCUGAUGCUCACGGAAUUUCCUUUGAGAAUUCACUAUCUACUAUAACCCUUUCGGGUAUUGCCACGCCCAAUUGCUUAAGCCCCCCGCCAUCAACUGAAAGUACUGAGGAGAAUUUUCAAGUUGAUCCUGACCUGGACUUAACAAUAAGAGGAGUGGGACUCCUUCCUUCUCGUGAAAAUUUAGCAACACCAUCUCCAACAACCUUGACAGAUGCUGCACAGUCUGUGUUCAACAUGCCGCCAUCCCCACCUCUAAUGUAUGAGGAGGAGCAUCCCUGGGCAGAGACUGGGAAUGACUUUUUUGACUGCUUUGAGCUGGAUGAAAAUAAUAAUAUUUGGUAAUCUUAAGAUGACCAGCUGUAGGCUUUUUCCUUCAAUUAGUGCCCAUAAGUUCUAUGUCCAAGAUGAACAACUCAUAAUUUUUGGAAUGAUAACAGUAACAUAGAAGUCAACUCAUCCAGUACUUUUGCGUUAACUCUUUAAGUCUCAAUAGUGACCAACAACAAGUUUCUCCUAACAAUAUCCAUACACUGUCAAGAGAUAAAGUUAUGAGAAUUAAUAAAAUGAUCAUAAUAGAGAAAAUUCCAAGACCUUUUAUCAAAUUCUCUCAACUAAUUCUUAAAGGAGAUGUAUGGAGAUCAGUUUGGAGAAUUUGUAUGUGGAUACUGGGGCUUAAAGGGUUAACAUGUUUAAAUGAGCACUAAUGGUUACAGUUCAAAUUAAGGUUAAAAAAAUGCCUCUUCAGAGAACUCAUGUCUUCUUAAAACAAUAAUUCAAACUAUAUAUAGAUCAUUCAUUCUAAUACUGUUGCUAACAGAUCAACAGCAGUCUCAUUAAUUAACAGCUGCUGUUGCAAUCAUCUGAAGUUUUCUCAUCUAAAAUGUACAUAAUUUAAAAGAAAUCAUCCAGACUAAUGCACUUUUCAUAAGGUCAGGUAUAAGGUUCUUUUUUAAAACAUAAUUCUCAUAGUAUGUAGCCAGUUUCCCCAAGAGCUUUUAGUACAAGCAUGAAGUUAACAUACCUACAAGUUAUGUUGAAUUUCAUGUUAGAUUUUAUUUAGCAUUCUCUAAGAGAAAAAGUGAAUUUUGUAACACAACAUGAAGGUUUUAAGUUAAGAAGAAACACUAGCUCUAAAAGCAGUAUUUUUGUAAAUAAAGAAAUGUAAAGUGAAGUUGUCUUAAUUUAUAGAUCUUUUAGGUUGUAGUUUAUGUUGUAUACUGUAGAUAAGUAGUUACCAUAUGAAUGACAGCUAUAUUAGCAACAACUGGCAAGAAUAAGGCAGGGCCCUUGUUCUUUACAAGGUGUUCUGGUGUACAUAUAUAUGGAUUAUAAAUUUCAAAGGAGUCAGAUUAGAUCAGUGAGUCCACUUGGAUUGUUGACUCUUUAGAUUUUUGACUCUCUCCUCCACAGAGGUUCCCCUGGGUUUUCCACUAAAAAUAGCAAUAAUAUUAUUAUUUGGUAUGCAGUGGACAAUGGAAAGAGGGAAACCUCUUUGAUUUUCCCCUCUCUCCAGCCUUCCUACGACACAAAGAAACAGUUUGGAGGAGAGAAGGAUUUUGAUCUUCACAAAGAAGAGAACCCUUAGUAGCCCGCGAACACAGAGGUAUUUUCAGUCUUCGCUUCUCUCCACCUGUUUUUUUAAGUGACAACCAGAAAUAUGUCUGUGUUUGCAGGCUACACCCUUAGUUGAUGGAUGCAGUUGUUACAAGUAAUGGGGUUGCAAUCAUGCUGCACUCCCUUCAUCAACUUAUGCAACACAGGGUAUAAAAUAACUACAAUUCAAAGAUUUAAAUAGGCAAAGUUUAAUAUUUUGAAAAGCUAUCAGAUAAUUUUUGAGGAGCCUGUGAGAAAACUAACUGUCAAACAUUGUGUGCCCAAGCAAUUUGGAUCAGUUUUCGGCAAUAUUUCAUUAUGACAUGCAGAGGCAAGUAGACUUUGCAAUUCUUAAUUUUUCAGAGUAAUAAUACUAAGAAUGACAGUAAAAGGUAUUGCACAAAAGUUGAGAUUAUGGUUUUUGUUAUAGAUUGAAUUAAAUAUUGUAAGAAAGAAACUAUUGCUAUUUUUUAAGAAAACAGAGUGUAUAGCAAAGCAUAGUGUAUGUACAUAUUUUAUAAUAUAUUAUUUUGCACCACUUCCAUAUAAAUGACACUUACCAUUAGUCUACAAAACAUCAAUGAGAUUCACUAAGGAUAUUUUUGAUUUGGUGGUUAUUAAUAUCUUGAAGUUUGUGGAAG